GGCCAACCAAAGGAUUAAUUAAAUGAAUGAAUAAAUUCGUUUCUUUGCUACUACGGCACAGAGCCUCAGCUCAUCAGAAGAUAUUACAGAAUCUGUGAAGUACGUUUCACAUGAGAAAAACACCCGCCAAGACUGAAAAUCGUCCAAAUCCAUUAACCCAUAGUGAACCGCACCACAAUGCAUUUAUGAUAAAACGAGUCAAAGCCCGCCCAUCCAUUACCGAGUCUGCAGAGAGGAGAGGGGCUCCGAUCGAUAAGAAUGUGAUAUUGUGAUAAUGUGAUAGUAAUGUGGCUUUUGUGGCAGACGAGGGGUUGGAUGUUGGUGGUUCGAUUCUGGUUUCUGAUGAUGAGGGGUAGAAGAACAGAUAGAUAUGAUUUGUCACUAAAAUGGAAUACAAUCCCAAAUUUUGACUUGAUAAAUACGUUCAAGCAAAAAUAUAUAACUUGGAAAGACAGCAUGAAGUACAGCACAAGUAUACGGAGAAGAGAGAGUACUUCCUACUUCCUACUUCCUCGCCCACUCUCUCCGCUACCGAUUCCCACUCACACAUCUUACAUUAUUAGUAUUUCAAUUUUAGCAUCUAGUCA